GCUUGACCCGAUGUGAGCUGUAAAUGGUCUAUUUUUCACAUUUCUUUUACUUUUAGACCCUGACCGAUAUUCACUUAGUAAGGUAUCUGGUUUAGUGUGGCUAAUUGAUGGGCUCUUGUUCUCAUUAUAAAAUGCUGCUUUUCCUCUUGAAACCGAUCGGUAAGUCUCUCUACCUCGCUUUGGCGAGUUUGAAGCUAGAGAAAUUAUUCUCAUAUCAGUUCAUAUCUUUAUUCUGCUAUCUCUUGAAGUCAUAGGUCUCUUCAAGAUCUUCCUAGGAGUCUUCUCUUGCUUCUUCGGUUCAUCUAUUUUCUGCUUCUGUGUCAUCAAAUUGGAGAGAUAAAUAAAAUUAUCAACUCUCUUUGUUAUCUUCAGUAGUUUCCUUGAUUGAAGUCUCAAUUUCUUUUUGAUUUCAAAAUGUUGUUUGUCAACAUUAAUUAAUCUCUUCUUUGGAGCCUUCUUCUUUACCUCGCUAUUCUUGUUACUUGUAUUCUGAGAGGAUCUGGUCAAUGGUUAUGGGCUUCCGCUCCUCCUCUUCAAAAUAAGUUACAGGCUUGCUCCUGUAUACUGUUGAAAAAUUUUUGGUUCUAGGCUUAAUAUUGCUCUUAUCAAGCUGAAACAUGAGUUCUUUCUCUCUCUCAAAGGCCCGAUAAACAUUACUCUGACUUGCAAUGAGCAUCCUGAAUACCUUAUGAUAUGUCUUAGUAUUCUUCAAUUUAAGAUACCCUCUUGAAGUCUUCGGUCUUUUCUUAGUACUGGGAGUUUCAUCCUUCGCUUUAUUCUUCUUCUUGCUAGUGCCUCUUUGUAACUUCUCUUCUCGUUUCUUCUGUGCAAAAAUUUCCUUCCUCUCCAUUUCCUUCUGGUUCUGUAACUUACGCUUUCUCCGUUGUUCCAUAUUAUGCUUCUGUUGUUUCUUCCCAUACUUCUGGGUUUCUUUAAAUCUGCGUUCGAAUAAACGGUCUUUGCGGUCCAUUUCUGCUAGCUCACCUUCUAAAUCAACAUGGUUCUCAAUAUGUUUGAACUGGUUCUUCUUAACAUUAGUCUGUUUCUUCUUUUUAUACUGAUAAUACGCUUGGGGCUCAUUCUCUACAAACUUAUUAAACUUCGUAUGGGACUGAUACUCAGUCUGCGGCCUCUGCAACCCAUCGUUCCUAGUCUUGGGCUUAGGAUAAAACGGCUCUAGGCGUUCAUCCCUGACAUUUUUCCAGCCAGCAUGGUGCUCUUUGAAUAGAGAUUUGAGUGAGAUUUCACUAACUUGGCUGUCAU